AUGUCAACUCAGAAGACCGAUGUCGUACAAAUUACUACAAGAUUCGAUGAUCUUGCAUGCCGUUUAUCAGCCAAUUUCAAGCAACUACACAACAAGUUUGAUGCCUUAGGCUCUCGAAUUCAGGUGCUUACAGAUAAAUCGGCCUCAACUUCCAAACGUCAUGAGUCUGCGCUUGCCAUCACCCUACGGAGUGGACGCCAAUUACCACCUCGGACGGCACCACCUCACAUUACUGAGGAAAGCAAUUAUUUAGAUGGGGAGGAUCUCCGUGAACCGCCCACUCCUUCUCAACCACCAAACCAUUCUCCAGCGAAACCCGACCCAGCACCCGGCCACCCUACUCGGAUGGAUGAUUGGGUUGAUACUCCAGUCAGUCCACCUCUUACAGACAAACCAGGAGGAGAGAAACAGAAAGAAAGACGAUUCAUCCCUCCACCUUACAAGCCACCCUUGCCAUUUCCUGGACGAUUUCGCAAGAAACUUCUUGAGAAGUACAAGGCAUUGUUCGAAAAACAGAUGCAGGGACUCGAGCUUUGCAUGCCUCUAAUGGACGCUUUCACUCUAAUACUCCCUUACCAGAAAUUCCUGAAAGAUGCGAUGAUGGAACGGAUCAAACAAGUUCAAGGGAUGGUCAUACUCAAUCAUGAGUGCAGUGCUAUAAUCCAGAGGACUACUGCGCCUAAAAAACUGAGCGACCCGGGUUCGUUCACUUUACCUUGCUCGAUAGGACCUUUGCCAUUCGGCAGAUGUCUCUGUGACUUGGGGGCAUCAGUCAACUUAAUCCCUUUGAUUGUAGCCAAACGUCUUGGAUUUGAGAAAUUCAAACCCACCAACAUCCAACUAUUUCUGGCAGAUCGAACCACAAGGUUGCCAAGUGGAGUAUUGGAAGACUUUCCGAUCAAGAUAGGGCCGGUUGAUGUUCCAACCGACUUUGUGGUUUUGGAAAUGGAUGUAGAGACAAGGGAUCCGCUUAUCUUAGGACGACCAUUCUUAGCCACCGCAGGAGCUAUGAAAGAUGUGAGGAACGGGAAGAUAGAUCUGAAGCUCGGGGAAGACCUCACUAUGCAGUUUGAUAUUUUAGAAACCAUGAAAAGCCCACAAUCGCGGGGCAAACCUUCCGGGUAG